AGUGCCGUGUGCAAACUUCCGUCAUUCUGCGUUUCAAAUCACAGAGGCGGCAAACCAGGGCGGAGCGACGGGAGAAAAACUCACCAAACCGCGGAUAUCUCCUCUAAACAACACCGUCCAACAUGUCUGACGUCUGCCCCAGCUGCACGAAGGUGGUAUACUUCGCUGAGAGGAAAUACUCCCUGGGGAAGAGCUGGCACAAACUCUGCCUGAAGUGCACCAAGUGUAAACGGCAACUCAACCCUGGCGGACAUGCGGAGCAUGAGGGGAAGCCAUACUGCCACCAGCCCUGCUACAGCGCGCUGUUUGGACCAAAAGGUUACGGCCAUGGCGGAGCAGAGAGCCACAUCUUUCUGGAUGGGCAGAUCGGAGCUGGAGCUGACAACAAGCCUGAGUAACGGCACCUCCGAUUGGUGCAGUGUAUGUAAGUAGGAGAAAAGAAGACAGAGAGAAGAUUCGGCCCAACCUACAAGAAAAGAGAAGAUGCCAGAAGACACAAUAUAUUUGUAGAACUUUAAGUUGCAAGGUUUUAGAUGUUCCUGGUAACUUUGUCAUGUACUCACAUUCCAGCUUGUACAAGUGUACAAGGAGAAAACCCAUCUUAUUCUUUGUUUUGAAACUUGAGUAUUUUAUGUUUUACAGAAACAAAGAAAAAGCAAAAAAAAAAACACAUGAGAAUGUGACAAAAAAUUUUAUGAUUUUAAGUUUAAAGGGGUAGGUGACAUUUGUGUUUUUGUUAGGUGCCUGCUUAACCUGUUUUCAGUUCAGGUUAGAAAAAAAGAUUUUCGAUGCAGCUCAACAUUUUGCAAUGUUUUUGAUCGAUGAAAUCUUAAACCAUUCCAACUUUCUUUAAAAUAGGAAAACUGCUUUAGAAAAAAGCAUUUUCUUGAAUCAUGACAGGGCGAUUCUUCGUUGUGGGAAUUUCCUUCUAUUGCUGUUCUAGGCCAUUAGAAACCCUGGUUCAAAAAGUUGUAGCUAAGACACCCAAGAAUCUUAGAGUAAGAUAGUAGAUUCUCCAUGGAAAUGGCUUACUAACCUGUGCCAUGUAUUAUGCGAUGCCUGUAGUUGAAGCAACAGCUAAGCUGCUCCACACUUCUAUACUGGAUCUGGACCAGCAAAAGAUUUUAUAUAUUUUAAAACUAUUUAUUGUAAGCUUAGUUUCUUCUUUUCCUUCUUAUCAUUCCUGUUUUUGUUUAGUGAGACUCAAGGGUUGGAAUCUAAACCCUGCUCCUGUAUUUUUAUAGAUAUUUUGUUCAAAGGAAGGUUGAAGGUUUUGUAAUUAAAAGAAAACUAACUUUUGUUCAUUCCUAAAGAAGAUUUUCUGUGUUUUUAUGGUUUACCUCAGGGUUUCAGUCUUCUCAGAUCAUUGUACAACAUUCCAAAGCCUGCUCUAAAGCCUGCUCUGAUUCUGUCCUCGGUUUUAACAAGGCUUAUUGUUCCCUCCUACAAGUUGCCAAAAAGAUUAUUGUUUUGCCAAAAGGUGUAAUGUGUCAAAAAUUUGAAAAUAACAUGUAGCACAGUUGUUUCAAAAUGAAAAGGCAUGCAAUCAUGUACAACUUGUGUAAUUCUGCCAGCUAUUCUCAAGUGUCAAAAUGUAAAAAAAAAAUUAAACAUACAUGUAGCACAAUCAUUAAAUUCUUCCAAAAUUGCAGUGUGUCAAAAGUAGAUACACAAAAGUAUUCUUAGACAAAAAGUACAUUUGAAGAAGUUAAGUGUAUUGCAUAUAUGCCACCACGCAUCAACCUAUGAUGCAAGCAAACAAUUGAUUUAUGUACCAAAUCAUGUAGAAGAGAGUGCAUUGCCAUGUGUCAACAAAGAAGAUGUCAUUGCCACCUAAUGUAUACUUCUCUACUGUAUCUAUGAAGUUAACCAUGACUACAAGUACAAUACAUCUGCUUUUGUGGUCUCCAUAGUGGACUACAGACAGCGUAUUGAUAUUAAUGCCUUAUUGUGUUGUUAUUUACUCUUUUCAUCAUCUGUGAUAAUGCUUGGGAAAUGGCAGCCCUGAGAACAAGAUAGCAGUCAGAAAAUAUGAAAUCCAUAGAAUGCCUGGUACAUUUCAUUGUAACAAACAGUAUGAAAGUAGUUAUUUAAGAAUGUUGCAUAACCGUAAUAUGAAGCUAGAUGUUGGAAAUUGGAACAUGCAUCUUCUAUGUAAGUGUACUUACUGUUCUUGCUCUGUAAGAAAAAAAGAGAAUGAUUUUGUUUCUGAACUGUUUGCUGUUAUUUGGAUAAAUCUGAAACAUUUUAUGAGACUUUGUCUCAACACUUUAUGUCCCAGAACUCCAGUGUGAAACCCUGAGCAUGAGUUUUACAAAUUGCAGAUUUAUGUUUAGACAACUUCAUAUCCCCACGGUCGCAGCCUGAAGGUUGAUAAGAUGUUAACAAGAUGGAACAGUUAGCCAUAACAAUAGCAUACUAGAUAAUAUUUUAAACAGCCGAAUCUUGAAAAUAGACAAACAUGUACAUUGUACCUAAAAGAUAAGUAUAGUAGAUAAUCUAUAUAUAUAUAUGCAUACAUAUAUAGACAAGCGUUUGAGUUUGUAAAAGAUACAGCCAUAGUGUGGCUACAGGUAUUAUAUGAUAGCAUAAGCAAAUAUGCUAUGAUAUAAAAUUAUAAGCAAAUAUGCUAUAUAAGAAAAAUAUGAAGCAUCACCAUUGAUGACCAUCCAAUUCCUGUAUUUGAGGCUUUUGGUUUCUGUUUCUGUGAUAUCAUCACAACAAGUCUGUUUUGGAUUGCUUCAUGUACAAGAGUCAACCACCUUGUUAGACAACUAUACGUACCAAUGCUCAUUUCCAGUAGAAAUAUGGUUCAACUUUUAGCAAUUUAUAUGCAAGUAUCUUAUUAAGGUUUUUUUUUUGCAUUUUAGGUUAUCUUCCUUCUCAAUUAUGUCAGAUAUUUGGUAUAAGUAGAAAGUAUAGACUACUUUAACCUGCUUGUUAAGUAUGUUGCUAUGACUGAAGUGUUACAGGAUAUGUUCCUCUUUCCUUCAAAUCUAUUUUUUCAAACUUUUGUACUUGCUCAUUGGCAGCAUGCAUUAAAUGUGUCAUGAGUCAUG